AUGGUCGCACAUAUUCUGCGUUGCGCAAAACGAGCCCGCGUCCAGCCGCUUUCUCGUUAUCUAGCCACGGCGGCAACGCACGGCACGUCGACAAACCUGUCACUCGCGCCGUCUGCCCCGCUUCAAGGCUCCCUAAGCGCAUUCCCCAGCCGCGAUGACACUCCGUCGAUUGGCACCCGCUUUCCCGCAUCCGUCCAGCUCUCCAGGUUCCUCUCUGGCCCUCGUGCUGAGUCCGACACGUUGAUCAAAGACCUCGCGACGCUCGUCUCUCACCGGGGCGUAGUCUUCUUCGAGAACCAGGAUAUCACGUUGGAGCAGCAGAAAGAGCUUGGCUUCCGUAUGGGCAAGCUAACUGGCAACCCUUCGACUUCUGGCCUGCACAGACAUCCGAUCUCUGAAGAUACCGCUGAAUUGGGAGCAGACACGUCGGUUAUCUCGUCCGAAGGAGGAAUUGCACGCGGCGGUAUCGUAGAACAUCAACGGGCCAGCCGUGGAUGGCAUAGCGAUAUCACAUUCGAACCCAUACCGGCAGACUACUCUCUAUUGAAAAUGGUCACAUUACCUCCCACCGGGGGUGAUACUCUGUGGUCCAGUUGCUACGAAGCUUAUGAUCGAUUGUCGCCCUACUUCGCUAAGUUCCUCGAAGGCUUGACCGCACUUCACAGCGGCGCAUUCUUCCUCGACCAAGCUAAGCAGCUCGGCGUCAAAAUCCAAGAUCCACGCGGUUCUCCUGAGAACACGGGCUCCGAGCUCAUGUCUAUCCACCCUGUAAUCAGGACUCAUCCCGUAACGAACUACAAAGCCCUCUUCGUCAACAGCGUCUUCACCACGCGCAUCAUGGAGUUACACGGGGAAGAGUCUGAGGCCGUUCUCGCGUAUCUUGCACGCCACAUCGCCGAGAACCACGACUUCCAAGUACGGUACCGCUGGAGCAAAAACGACCUCGCUAUCUGGGACAAUCGCGCCGCGUUACAUACUGCGACGAAUGACUAUGGGAGUCAGCUGCGUCAGGGAUUGCGAGUGGUUAGCAUCGGGGAGAGGCCUUACUUUGACCCAAAGUCGUUGUCGCGACGAGAGGCUCUUGGAUUGCACUGA